CCGUAGACUACCUAAAGGACUCCAAACCUGGCAAGCAUUUUUAGAUCUAAAGAAAAAAAUUGAUGAUUUUAGUGAGUCUUGUCCUUUGUUGGAAUUGAUGACUGACAAAGCAAUGAAGCCAAGGCACUGGAACCGUAUAGCUGAAACAACAGGACAUCAAUUUGAUGUAGAAUCUGAUUCAUUUUGCCUUCGAAACAUCAUGGAAGCCCCGAUUCUUCAAAAUAAAGAUGAUAUUGAGGAUAUAUGUAUUUCUGCUACAAAGGAAAAGGAUAUAGAAGCCAAACUAUCUCAAAUAGCUGAAAUCUGGGGAAACCAAUUUCUGAGCUUUUCAGCAUUCAAAGGAAGAGGAGAGUUGCUGCUAAAGGGAUCUGAAUCAGCAGAAAUCAUAACUUUGAUGGAGGAUAGUUUAAUGAUUCUUGGCUCUUUACUGAGCAAUAGAUACAAUGCACCAUUUAAAAAAGAUAUUCAGAGUUGGAUUUCUAAACUAAGUGGCUCUACAGACAUAAUUGAAGAAUGGUUGGUUGUACAAAAUCUCUGGGUUUAUCUUGAAGCAGUUUUUGUAGGAGGAGAUAUUGCAAAACAGUUACCGCAGGAAGCAAAGCGUUUUCAGAAUAUUGAUAAGUCAUGGGUAAGAAUAAUGCAACGAGCUCAUGAAAAUUCAAAUGUAAUUGCCUGCUGUGUUGGAGAUGAGACUAUGGAGCAACUUCUGCCUCACUUACAUGAACAACUGGAAGUAUGUCAGAAGUCACUUACAGGAUACUUAGAGAAGAAGAGGCUACUGUUUCCUAGAUUCUUUUUUGUUUCUGAUCCUGUCCUUCUUGAAAUUCUUGGACAAGCAAGUGAUUCUCAUACAAUUCAGCCACAUCUGCUUUCCAUAUCUGACAAUAUAAAUGAAGUAGAAUUUCACCAAAAGGAUUAUGAUCGCAUACUGGCAGUCAUAUCAAGAGAAGGAGAAAAAAUACUGUUGGACACUCCAGUGAUUGCAAAAGGACCAGUAGAGCUUUGGUUGCAGAAUUUACUACAUGUGCAGCAGAUUUCAUUGCAUGGUAUAAUUAGGGCAGCAUAUUACCAAAUUAGUGAUACGGGAUAUGAUUUGCUGAAUUUUCUCAAUCACUUUCCAGCACAGGUUGGAUUACUGGGAAUUCAAAUGUUGUGGACGCGUGAUUCUGAAGAAGCUCUAAAGAAUGCUAAAGAGGACAGAAAAAUCAUGCAAGCAACCAAUGGGAGAUUUCUGGAUAUUUUGAAUAUGUUGAUUAGCCAGACCACACAUGAUCUUUCCAAGUUCGACAGGGGGAAGUUUGAAACACUUAUUACCAUACAUGUACACCAGCGUGAUAUAUUUGAUGAUCUGGUAAAAAUGCACAUCAAAUCACCAACUGAUUUUGAGUGGCUAAAGCAGUCUAGGUUUUAUUUCAAGGAGGAUCUCGAUCAAGUUUUGGUAUCCAUUACAGAUGUUGAUUUUGUUUACCAAAAUGAAUUUCUGGGUUGCACUGAACGUCUGGUUAUAACACCUCUUACAGACAGGUUAGAAACAAGAUUAUAUGUAAUAAACAUUUAUAUAUACAGUGUUUACUUAACAUAG